GUUCAGUAAAAGUCUCAUCCUGAAGAAAAGAGCUAAAGAAUCCAUUUUUGUUUGGGAUAAAAACAUCCGUCAUAUAUAUAUAUAUUUAUAUGUAUAUAUAUAUACAUAUAUAGUUAUAUUUGAAUUGAAUAAGUGUUUAACCCGAUGAUGAGUAGGAAUUAACUGGUGUUUAAUAUUGCAGAAGAUUUAACAUAUCACCACAUGUGAGCCCUGUCAGUGUUUAAUCUCCUGUGUGAAGGCGAGGACGCUGAUCAUGGGGGACUGCUUACACACCUCGGCUGACAGUUUGUCUAAACUGGUGAAAUGGGCGCACAGUCACGGAACCAUCUGCACGCUGAUCCCGAGCUUGAAGCACUUGCUGACGGAGGGAGCUCACGGAAACCUGACGGCACUUUGGGGCUGCAGCGCCGGCCACGCCUACCACUGGCCCUUAACGUCCUCCUGUAAAACGGCCCACAAGGAUCGGAUGUGUUUUGAGCGAAGCGGCCGAGGGAUCAGUUCCGAAUCCCUGAUGCAGGGAGCAGCAGCCAUGCAGAGCAGCUCGACGCCGAGGUUCCUGAGCAGCGCGGCCAAAACGAGCAAAGGCGACUCGAACCAGACCCGAGACUCGUACGACUUCUCCAACUGCAGCGAGCCUUCCGAGGUGGACGACAACACCGAGGAGCACCUGUUCGACAUCGUGUGCGAGUCCUCUGCCACCGAUGAAGAAGGCGAUUCCGAGCCCAGGGUCACGCCCAGAAAACGAAGCACUAAGGGCCCGAGCUCGGACGACUCCACCGAUCCAGGAGCAAAGAAAAUCAAGCAAGAGCGAGCCGAAGACUAUUACACGGUGGCUAACGCACAAGCACAAGCCGCCUCAGAGAGCGCUCCGUCGUGUAGCGUCUCCCAGUCACCCAAACCCACGUCUCAGAUCAGACCUUCAUCCAGAUCUUCAGCACCACACAAUCCACAGCUACUGGAGGACGGAGGUCUGGUAGGUGUGUCCUCCUCACCGCUGGAGAGCUCCUCAUCAUCUGUGACCAAACACAUGCACACGCCAAUCGGUGGCUCUCAAAACAGAACACACAUGAACUCGCACGUGAACCCGACGGCCAAUCAGAGCACGGCAUCUCUGAGCCAACCAGGAAGGAGUGACAUGGUGGAAGUGCUUCCUAACGGGGAUUUCAGCCUGCCCUUCGAGGAUCCUUCAGGUGUCGUGCACCCCGAAAUGGACAUUUUAGCAGCACACAGUCUCAGCGCAGAGCCCAAAGGUGACACAGGAUGUCUGAACUCGGAGGAACCGUUCUGGCCGUCCACGUCGGAGCUCUGUCCGAACACCGAGGGUCAUUCUGAAGAGAGAAAGCAGCUGGAGGAGUACAUCACCAGCGUCGAUCCCGUAACGUUACGGAACCUCCAAGCUGUCAUCUCACGGGUUCUCCGGUUCCAUGAGGAGACCCGCGUGCAGGUUCACAGUCCUCCUCGUCCCGGAGAGCAGGAACUGUUUCCUGGUUCCGGACUCUUCCUCCCUCCUUAUAAACUGGCCUGUAUUCACCAGGAGUCCCGUCAGGACAGCAUGCGGCUCUUCCACCUGCUGUUCGAACACUUCUUCACCGAGGAGGACCUCAUCGGAGCCGUGGCUUUCGGGAAACGGGGCAAAGUACCGGACGGGAAAAAAAUCCUGGACAGAAGAAAAGUUGAUGGGAUUAUAUCGUACGUUCUGCGGUGUUCCACGCUGGAUGGAUGGACGCCGGUGGAAUCGGCGAAGCUGAAGAAAGCGUGCAUCAACAAGUGCAGACUGAGAAUCGGACAGAGGAAGAAGUUAGCACAGGGGCCGUAUCUGUUCCACAAGUCCGGCCCGUCGUAUAUCUGAGUUCUGGUGUUAGCGUGCUGUUAUUGUAGAUGUACCGGAGUGAAACGUAUUGGAUUUCUGCUCUACGUCACUGACUUUCAGCCGUUUCGUUUAUAAAAAUGCUUUAAAUCCGCUUCAUCAUGCGUUUAUUAUAUUAGUGAUGCCUGUACUCGAAACAGAAACGCAGCAGUGUCAUCAUCAAAAUCUCCAAUAUCCAAAGUUCUGUCAGACAGCUCCGGAGAACGUCUGACGCUCAUUUCCAGACGUUUGGGGAAAAUUCACACUUAAAGGGAUCGUUCUCACAAAAUUUUAUCCUCAUGUCGUUCCAAAACUCUAUGGCGUUCUUUCUUCUGUGGAAAGUAAAAGAAGAUAUUUUGAGAAAUGUCUGUGGGGUUUUUUUGUCCAUACAGUGGAAGUCCAUGGACACCAAAACGGUUUGGUUACCAACAUUCUUCAAAAUAUCUUCUUUUGUGUUGCGCAGAAGAAAGAAGCGCGUACAGGUUUGGACCGACAUGAGGGUGAGUAAACGAUAACAGAAUUUUAAUUUUUGGGUGGACCGUCCCUUUAAGACUCUUUCAGCGUUUCAUUAUUAACUGCAGUAAAGGCUGCUUUCACACGUAUAGCUCAGGAUAUCUCACGAACCGAUGGUUGUAGGAUUUAUCUGGAGAUUUCAUCGUAACCAGCAGAUGAACAGAUUCGGAAUUGAUCCAAAGGUCACAACGAGGUCAAAUAUCUGAAAUAGAUUUUCUCCAGCAGCUUCCUUAUUGUGUUUUAACGGUAUCUGAGCCGUACAAGAAGGACUAGUUUUGUGGUGGAGGCGUUCCCGUUCCAUUCGGGACGUCGUACGUCUCAUCUCGUAUUCGGUCGUUAGCAAGACUCGGUUUUCACCAGCACUCUGUCCUCCGUGUUUGUUUCGAACUUGGUCUUGGCUACUGAACGGGGAGGAUGAAGGUUAACACGUGCUUCCUCUGAGACGUGAAGCCUCCAAACAUCUUUUCCAACUGCUGCUCAUGUAGCGUCACACACUUAGGGAAGCGCCGUCUGCCCUCUUCCACAUACAUGAACUCACAGAUGCACAUGAUUGGCUACUGCCCCGCCCUGUGAUUGACAGGGGAGAGAGAGUAUGCCUCUCCCACUCAGAGAACGGAUCAUUUUGGACACGGACGCACGUGCCAUUUCGGUAAUCCCUGUUAAACGCGGAGGCGUCCUUUAAGUUACAGUGAAAACCAAUGAAAGAUCGUUUAACGUGGACUUUUUAAAGGAGUGGUGUUUAUCACAGCAGCGUAGAGAGGAACCGUCUCAGACUUUACCUCUCCAUAAACGUUUCUGUGUGAACCUUGUAGCAUAUUUCAUCUUAUAUCAUUAUCUAUAAUAAACAUUGGAAUAUUAUUCAUGGUGUAACUAUAUUUCAGAUUUUCAGUGUCUGUCCGAUGUCUUAUCUCGAUUUGAUUUGAUUUGAUUUGCACAAAUCGUUAUUCUUCAGAUAUCUUUUUGGUUUUGUAGCGCUGUACAGAACUACAGGGCUCAGAUCUGUGAGAGCUUGAUCAUACGUUUGCUUUUUUUUUUCCUUUAACGAUCUUAAUCAUGUUAUUGUUUAUGAUAUCUAAAAGUGGCCUAGCUGCAACAUUCGUGUAGAUUUUAUUUCCAGUGUGUGCUGCGUAGCCACAUCAGAUGAUAGAUGGUUAGAUGGUGUGUCGGUUACACUAUUUUAUAUUCUCCUUCUUUACUUUUUCCUGUACGUCACGAGGCCUAGACGGAAAAGGUGAAACUGUAGUGACCUGUAAGUACACGUGAACAUUUCCCUCAUAAUAAUUCGUGCAGUAAAGAGACGAGUGGAGUGGAGUCAGUGCUACGGUCUGUAUUUAUUUUUGAUGUGUAAAUAACCGGUUUUGAUAUUUGAUGCAUUGUCGGUGUUAGGAUUUAUUUUCUAACAAAAUAUUUUAAUAAAAAUCAGUGGAAAAAUCA